CGGCAGGUAAGAGGUGGUUGCCGGGUUUAAUGACUGGCUUCUGGGACGCUGGGACGGAAAUCUCGGGGUGAGGAAUGUAGGAGCGCUAGCGUGCUCGAUCGAAGGCGGUAGUCUGUCACUCCCUCCAGAGGAGCUAGAAGACGACACACACAGCAAUCAAUGGCUCGAAUCAGUAAAACUGCAAUAUUGAGCUUGCUCUCUGUGAUGAGUUCAAUCUUUCUGUUAUUUCAACUAUAUUAUUACAAACAAUACUUCUCAACAAAGAAUGGAGCAGACACUUCUGAUUUCAAAAAAAGUUAUUCCUCGGAAGAUAGCGUGCCCUGGAAAGUGGUCAAAAAAUUUCUUGGCUUGGUAUCAACCCACAACAUUCCUUUGUAUUUGAUUGAUCCUUUGGUUUUGGGACAAAUGAAUGAGAAUAUUCACAAGGACACAAGCACAGCCAGUGGUCAAAACUGCCAGUAUCUGUGCGCUCCCAGAGAGGUUACCACAUUUGCACUGUUGGGCAAAUUCUGGAAAAAUGAAGUGUUCCUGAAGAGAGAAGCUGAGGAGCAGGGUUUCCAGUGGAUGGAGCUAAGUGGUAAAGACCCACGACUGGCUGGAAUGGAUGGUCUUUCCGGAACUGAGAUUCCACUACAUUACAUCUUCAAGCUGCAGAGUCACGCCAUCCAUCUGGUGGUAUUUUAUGAGAGGAGUGGUAACUACCUCUGGCACGGGCAGUUGCGGCUGAAGCAGAAUGCAGACAAAAUGUUCAUACAUUUCCGAAAAUUGCACUUUGGGCGCUACCCUGGAGCCUAUAACAAACCUGAGCUACAUCUAGCUUUAGUUGAUGGACUGGAACUCCGUGUCCCUAAGGAAAUAGCACACUUCCUUGAGGAGUUUUCUCACUCCAGAUUUGUUGAAUGUAGAUACAAGGAAGCAAAGAUGUUUUAUCAGGUAUACCCUGAAGACACAAGUCAAGAUGCCACGGAUUUUAAGAGAAAAGCUAAGCAUUUGCUUCAUCUGGCUGCAAGGACAUUAGAUAAACAGAAGGUGCCAUUCUGGCUCAGCAGUGGAACGUGUCUUGGCUGGUUCAGACAAUGUAACAUAAUCCCAUACAGUAAAGAUGUGGACUUGGGAAUAAUGAUAAAGGAUUAUAAGCCUGAUAUCAUCACUGAGUUCCAGAGGGUAGGACUAACACUGAAACACAAAUUUGGCAAAGAAGACGACAGUCUUGAACUUUCCUUUCAGUUAGCUGAUUUGAAGCUGGAUAUAUUCUUUUUCUAUGAGGAAGAUGAUUACAUGUGGAAUGGAGGAACCCAGGUCAAAACUGGCAAAAAGUUCAAAUACAUAUUUCCUAAAUUUACUCUCUGCUGGACUGAAUUCCUGGAGCUGAAGGUUCGAGUCCCCUGUAAAACACUUGCAUAUGUGGAAGCAAACUACGGCAAGAACUGGGAAAUUCCUGUAACCAUUUGGGAUUGGAAAAGUUCCCCAUCUAAUGUUCAAGAAAAUGGAAUUUGGCCUCCCAGCGAAUGGGAUGAAGUUAUCCAGAUCCAUUGAAUAUCACUGCAUCUGAUCAAGGGUAGCAACAGAGAAACAGUGACCACCACAACAACCUAAAAAACUGGUUAAUGUGGUUAAUUAUCUCUGGGCCAAUCAACGACCAUGAAAGGAUUUGUAGCACUGGAGAUAAGGUGGUCAGGUGAGAGCUGUCUACUGGCAUCAAUAGGAAGCCUCUUCAUUCAUGAAAAGGCAGUUUGUAUACUGACUUUCAAUACAUUUCAUGAUUAGGAUAACGUCUAGCAGGAAGUGUUCAGUUUUUGAAUUAUUUUAUAAAAUUUAUGCUACUGAACACCAAGGCAGAUUAAAGUGUUAACUUACUGAAAUACUUAAAUUAUCUAUUUAUUAAUUAACUGAAUUCUACAUAAGUUACUAGAUUUUGGAAAGAAAGUACAAUUACCUUGAAUGCACAUAUCAUACACUGGGUGUCAGGAUGCUCUUGUGUUUACUAAAUUUAAGGAAAUGAUCCAGCUAAGAAAGCUUGUUUUUACUUUUGGUUGAUGUAUUUAUUUGAUGACUUCCUUGUCUUCCUUGCAAACAAAAAAUGAAAGGUUUGCUUAGUCUUUGUCAACAUUUUUUCUGUAUUUGGAGCAGGGAGAUUUCAGUAGUCGUAAAUUAGCCUUUGUAUCAAUGUUAGGUUAAAGGGCCAAUGACAUUCUUAGUUCUUAUACAUUGUCAUUGAACUGGAAGCAUUAAUGGUUUCUCUCUUCCCAGAUGUUGCUCAACCUAUUGAGAGUUUUUAUGUUUUCAUUUAUUAAAAUAUAGUGUGUUUGUAAUAUUUUAUAAAACUGUCAGAAUUAAAGUAAUGGAUUUCAAGGUGCUAUUCGCUAUCAGGAAUGGACUACAGUAUAUAUGAGUGAUACCACUUAAUAAUGUUUAUGUUCUGUGGUAAAAAUUGCAUUCUGACUUGUCAGUUUUUGCAGUAAAAUCUGUGUUUUCUGUAUUUAUUUAAGAUGUGCGUUCUAAAUUUUUAUUUUGUGUGACAAAUGAUUCAGAUUGACUGAAGCAUCUAAAAAAAAGACAUUAAAAAUAAGUUUAAGAAGUCCACUUUUGUGCUUUGUUGAAAUGUGAAAAAGACAGGAAAUGUGACUUAAUGCUAACUUUAAUUAGUGACAGGUUGGAUGUGCCUAAAUGUAAGGAUUUUUUUUCAAACAGAAGCAAAGUGUUUUAUGAUGGACAUGAGAGAAAGUGCUCUAAGUAAUAUAUAAUGUUAUGUUCUUAAACUCAGGACUUUUACUGCACCAGCACAAAAUUGAAUUUUUAUUUUAAGUAAUCAUCAUGUAUGUGUAGCUCAACAUGACAUGUAGAUUGUGGAAUUGUCUAACUUAAGUUAACAUGAAGUUAAUUAACUUAUAUUGUGUAGAAUUAUUUGGAAAAUGUGGUGGCUCUGUCUUUUUAUGUUAUUGUUACCUACAAAUUAAAUGUCUAAUAAAUAAUCAAUAUGGCAGCU